CACGAGGAUCCAGGUCCUCAAACCAAACAAAACCCGACCUCUUCCCCUCCUCCAUCCUCUCGUUUUGUUCUGUGUUUCCUGAUCCUCAUCCUUCUCUCCGCCCAGACGCGAACUCUCGCUAGCCUGGUCGUCUCGUCUCUUGCAAAUCCGCAUCAUCUCCAAAGCAUCGCCCGCCUUCCCAGCAGCCAUGGCCACGGCUCAGAAGACGGCGGUUCGUCAGUUCUCGACGGGCGCUUCGGCGCACCGUCGUCGACAGAUGAGCACGCUGAUCGAGAAGGAGGGUCACUUUGGCGUCGAGCUCACGACGCUGUACCUGGGUAUCUCGGCCGUUUUUGCCGACGACCACACUGCGGUUGUCGCCAUGGCCAUCCAUGAUACCACCUACCUGAUCGACUUCUCGAUCAAGCAUCUCGUUCUCGAUGAUGCCCUGAAGAUGGGAGAGGAUGUUAUCGCCGACUACGUCAUCACGGCUACAAAGGAGUACGAGAGGGAGAACUUCGCCAAGUUUAUUGGCGCCGGUCUCCCCACGACUCUCAGGUACAUGAGCCCCACUCUGUGCUCUCGCCUUUGGCUUGAGCUUGACGUUGUCCCGAUUGCCAUCCGUCCCGACAAUGAACACAAGGAAAUCACUUUCUGGGAUGUCAAGCGCGUCGAUGAACAGGCCGACUCGAUGGCCCGCAAGUGCAUCAUGCACUUCGGCCCAUCGCUCUCUCCUCUGUUGCAUGUCGGCUUCCGUGGCGUCGUUCAGACCGACGCCGGCUUCAGGGCUCAUCUCAACACUGUACAGAACCACAAGGACACGGCAUCGGCUGCCACUUGGGAGACUAUGCUGCGCUUUGCCAAGCAGCUGCGCGGCAACAAGACCAAGAUUGCCUUCUUCAGCAGCACGCCCCAGGGCGGCGGCGUCGCUCUCAUGCGUCAUGCUCUUGUCCGCUUCGCGCGCCUCGUCGGCGUGGACCUGACGUGGUAUGUCCCCAAGCCGCGUCCUGGUGUCUUCAGGAUCACCAAGAACAUCCACAACAUCCUCCAGGGUGUUAGCCACCCCGAUCAGCGCAUCUCCCAGGAGGAGAAGGACGCCAUCAUCAGCUGGAUCACAGAGAACGCUCAGCGUUACUGGUUCUCGGAGGGUGGCCCUCUGCGCCCUGCUUCGGAGGGUGGUGCCGAUGUUGUCAUCAUUGAUGAUCCGCAAAUGCCUGGCCUGAUCCCCAUGAUCAAGAAGAUCACGCCGGACCGCCCUGUUCUAUACCGGUCGCACAUUCAGAUUCGCAGCGAUCUUGUCGCUAAGGCCGGCUCCCCGCAGGCCGACGUCUGGGACUUCCUCUGGAGCAACAUUCAGGGCGCCGACAUGUUCAUCAGCCACCCCAUCCCCAUCUUCGUGCCCCACAACGUGCCUCGCGAGAAAGUCACGUACUUCCCCGCCACCACAGACUGGCUUGAUGGCCUGAACAAGCCCCUCAGCCGCUGGGAUGCUGGCUACUACGGCCACCUGUACAACGUCGCCGCCCACUCUCAGCGCCAGACCGAGCUUAACUGGCCGGCCCGCAAGUACAUCAUCCAGGUCGCGCGUUUCGACCCGGCCAAGGGCAUUCCCACCGUCAUUGACUCGUAUGCCGAGUUUCGCCGCCGCUGUCCAGAGAACGGAAUCACCGACAUUCCUCAGCUUAUCGUCUGCGGCAACGGCUCGGUCGACGAUCCGGAUGCCUCGAUGAUCUACGACCAGACAAUGACCCAGAUGGAGACGCACUACCCUGACCUGAUUAAGGACGUCAGCAUCAUGCGCCUCGAGCCCAACGACCAGCUGCUCAACACCCUCAUCGCUAAUGCCCAUGUGGUCCUGCAGCUCUCCACUCGUGAGGGUUUCGAGGUCAAGGUGUCCGAGGCGCUCCACGCCGGUCGCCCCGUCAUUGCCACACUGACUGGCGGCAUCCCACUCCAGGUAAAGGACAAUGUCAAUGGCUUCCUGGUCCAGCCCGGCGACUUCAAGGCUGUUGCCGGUCAUCUCAUCAACCUCUUCAAGGAUGAGGAGCUUCACAAGAAGAUGAGCCACGAGGCUGCCACUGGAGUUUCUGACGAGGUCGGUACUGUCGGCAACGCUCUCGGCUGGUUCUAUCUGGCCGCCAAGUGGCAUGAGGACGGCGUCGAGAAGAACGGCAAGGGUGGUCUCCGCGGUGACGAGAAGUGGGUCAACGACAUGGCUCGCGACGAAGCCGGCUUUGCCUACGCUCAGAACGAGAACCGCCUGCCCCGCCACUUUACCCAGAAAAAGUAAAGUAUGAGCAUUGAGAGUCCUUUGUCUACCCGGCAUCAUUCAGCUCUCUUCACUUCGCCUUCCUUUUGUCUCUGAUCUCUUCGGAAUUGUGUGCCGAUGAGGCUAUCACUGCCUUGUUCAUGAUGUUUGCUUUGCGUUGCCUUUUUGUCUGGAAUUUUCAACACGGCUUUUGUGGUGGCGCGUCGUACACAAAAUACGAAGGGAUUUGCUGGAGCUGCCUGUGCUCCUGCUAAUGAUUUUCUUUGUCAUUUUCCUUUUUUUCGCGAUGCCUUUUCUCUUCCCACCAAAAGUUGACUUUUCCAUUCUUUCUAUUUUCCACUGGCGCACCUCUGGUAAACUACCACAACGUCUUUCUGUGGUCUACCUCCCAGGUAGUCGCCAUAGAUUAGUUGGGAUGGGACAUUUCCGUCACUUGACCAUCUUCUGUCCGCUGUCUUCUCUAUCUGUUUACUAUUGCCUGAUGUUUCGAAUCUCGCCGUUUACGGUUUUAUUGUUUAUGGUUUCAUUCCUUUUCUUGCAUGGUGCCGUUUUGGCACGAUGGAGGUAAAAGUCAGCUGCGGUGUAGAAUGGUUCUAGCUAGAUCCCUUUCUCAUACAGAUGCUUAGAGAAUAAACCAGAAUUCUUGUUGAAA